AUGUUGCCAGGUGGAGUUAUCUUAGUCUUUAUUCUUGUUGGUUUGACUGCCAUCGCCAUCAUUGUCCUAAUGCUAUACAAGAAGUGGAUGGCGAGACAAAAGGGUCUGCAGAAGUUCUAA